AUGAGAGUAGGAGCUUUAACCCUUUGGGUGAUUAAUCUAAUAGUGCUGUUUACCAAUACGGCUGAAGCUAGGGAUUACUCCAACUACAAAGUGUGCAGAUUCAACGAUGAGUCUCAAUUCAGUGUUAUAAUCUCCAAGUUGAAAGACAUAGCAAUGAUAAAACAGGAGUACGAAUUCGAUAUAUGGGCAAAAUCGAAAUCGCAUGGAUUUAUGGAUAUCCGGAUGCACGAUGACAUUUUGGAACAAUUCCCUAGUUGCGAUAUUAUAAUUGAAGAUUUAAAUUCCGUCAUUUCUGAAACAAAAUCGGCAGUUGGGGGAGAAACCUCCAACGACGCCAGAACCCAGAGUUUUUUUGAUGCUGAAUCUAAAAGGCCAAAAGAUAUAUUCUUUGACGAAUAUCGUGAUUUGGACACAAUUUACACAUGGUUAGAUCUCCUACAGUUAUCCUUCCCUGAUCUUGUUACGGUAGAGUGGACUGGUCAGACCUUCGAAGGCAGAGAUUUGAAGGCCCUUCAUAUCUCGACAAAUAACGUCGAGAAAAAUCCUGAUAAGAAGACAAUUAUCAUUACCGGUGGGGUGCAUGCUCGUGAAUGGGUUAGUGUCAGUACGGUGUGUUACACUAUUUUCCAGUUACUGACGAGAUAUGGUAAAUCAAAAACUGAGACCAGGUUUUUGGAUCAUUUGGACUUUUUAAUCAUACCUGUAUUCAAUCCUGAUGGUUAUGUAUACACCUGGACGCAUGAUAGGCUCUGGAGGAAAAAUAGACAACAGACUUAUUUUCCACGGUGCUUUGGCAUUGACAUCGACCACUCUUUUGAUUUUCAAUGGACUGGCUCUAACGACUUUCCAUGUUCAGAGAGCUACAGUGGUGAAUCACCAUUUGAGGCUUUAGAAGCGGAAUCAUGGGAUGAAUAUGUUAACAAAGCUAAAUCUGAGUACAAUAUCCACGGAUAUUUAGAUUUCCACUCGUACGCCCAAGAAGUAUUGUACCCAUAUGGUUAUUCGUGUGAUGCUUUGCCGAGAGAUUUGGAGAACCUUUUGGAGUUAUCAUAUGGCUUAUCAAAAGCUAUCAGACGCAAAUCAGGAAAGGGCUAUCAUGUUCUUUCAUCCUGCGAAGACCGUGGUUCUGAUUUGCAACCAGGCUUAGGAUCAGGAUCAGCAUUGGAUUAUAUGUACCAUCAUAGAGCUUAUUGGGCGUUCCAGUUGAAGCUUAGAGACACUGGUAAUCACGGAUUCCUACUUCCACCCAAGUUUAUAGUUCCUGUGGGUGAAGAGAUAUAUGCUGCUGUUCAGUACUUCUGUGAAUUUAUUCUUAACCCUGACCUCUAA